AUGAGCUUUUAUAACAAAUACGUAGGAGGUGGAAAGCAAAGUAGGCAGCAGAUUAAUGAUAUGGAUAUUUUAGAUAUUCUAGACCCUGAUGCGACUGGAUUUAUUGAUUGUGAAGAUAUUGUAAAAAUUAUUUAGAAAGCUUUGAGAGGAAACUUGCCUGAAAAAUUGCAAGAUAAAGUUGCCGAAAUUUUAAAAAAUUUUGUAUUCGAAUUCAGAUCAUUUCGAAUGCCUUGCGAUUUAUUCAUGGAAUACUACAAACCUGCCUCAAAUAGUAGGAAAAAAACUCCUAGAAAAGUAUCCUGCACUUUAAAUUCGUUAAAUUCCACUCGAAAAAGUUUAGAUUCAAGCUCUGAUAAUCUGUUCAGAACUACAUCCAUAUACAAAACAAGUAUAAUGAGCUCUAAUGAUUCAGUUGGAGCAAGAAGAAGUAGCUUAUCGCCUAACUCCCCCCCCCCCCCCUCCGUGAGCGAACAAAACCAUUAGAAAAAUCGCCAUUUUUUGACCAAAAACCCACCCUCCGUGAGUGAACAAAAAUUUUUUUAAUAGAAAAAAAUUUUAAUGGAAAAAAAUUUUGAUAUAUAAGUGAUAAUUAGUAUAAUGAAAUCUAGAGCUAAUUCUGUUUAAUUUUAAACAAAUUGCGUUUUAAAACAUAAAAUUUUGCAAAUUAAAUUAAUAUUUGCUUCCCAAUUUUUGCAAAUUAGGAUUUUUUUUAAAUUUCGAAAAAAAUAUUUUUUAUAAAAUUUAUAUAUAAAUUUUUUUUAAAAAAAAAAAUUAACCCCCCUCCGUGAGCGAACAAAAUUUUUUUGUUCGCUCACGGAGGGGGGGGGGGAGUAAGAAAAUUCGAACAUACACUGAGCUAUAUGAAAAGAAAAAAGAGAAUGAAAAGCAAACCUUCCAAAGAUCAAGCUUAUUAUUUGAUAAAAUUGAUCAAAAAUUGAACAAAAACAGAUUUUUCUCACAAGGCAGCUUUAUUGAAAAUAAUUCGGUUAUUAUUCAUCAUAAGAGUUUUGCAACAAAAUUUGCAAAUGUUGAAGCUCUUAUGGAGAUAAGAAGACAGCAUUUAAGAUAUUCUUCAAUGAAAUCAUAG